ACCUUGACACACAAACGGUGUCAUACCUCAGGUAUUCAAACACAGGUAGGACAUUACUCGCUAUCCAAGAGUUAUUCUGCCCAAAAUGGGGUUGCUACAGCUGCUUAUAGCAGCUUGCAUGGUGGGCACAGCAACAUGUCAAUCAAGUGUAGAUGUGCAGAGCUGUUUGAAGGAUAACACUGUGGGUUGCAGUCUAGCAAGGCCUCCACAAUAUAUGGUUCUUGUUCCUCGCCGAAUUCGACCCAAUCAGGUGAUUCAGGCAUUUGUGACCAUUUUGGACAUGCAGUAUGCCAAUGAUUAUGUCAAUGUAAGGAUUUCUGUUGUCAAGGACAAUGUUGAGUACACUGGAUCUAGUCUACGAUUUGACAGGGCAUCUAGCCGACUACUGCAGUUACAGAUGCCUUCAAACGCCCAGUUUGGAAAAUACCGCCUGCGUUUGGAAGGAAGUUUAAACUCAGAUUCAUCAGGCACCAUUUUCAUGAAUGAGACAGAGAUUGAGUUUAGCUCCAAACAAGCGUCCUUGUUCAUCCAAAUGAGUCAGCCCAUCUACAGACAGGAACAAAAAGUUCAUUUUCGUAUUGUUCCCAUCAUGCCAAACUUGAUGCCCAACUAUGGCAGUAUGACAGUAUACGUAGAUGAUCCAACUGGCUUUCCAGUGCGGAGAUGGCUUGGAAUCCAGACAAAUGCUGGUGGUCUGGUCAGUCUAGAUUUCACAUUAUCAGACCAGCCCAACUUUGGGACAUGGAACAUUAGAGUUGAUGCCUUUGGCCACACCUAUCGACAGCCUUUUCAAGUGGAAGAUUUCUGGGAACCCAGGUUUGAUAUCAAUGUGACAGUACCUCCUUACAUGGUAGAGAUGCCCGGAAUUGUGAUUCAAGGUGUCGUGCUCGUAAAUCAUACAAGUGGCCGUCCUUGCAAAGGUAAUGGUACCAUAACUGCAUAUUUUCGACCACGUGAAGCAGUGUGGAAUGCUACAAGAGGAUGGGAACGACCAUACUUGUUAAAGCUUCCUGGAUUUGUUUCGCAAGACAAUGAGCCAAUACCCUACAAACCACUGUCUGAAAUUCCUGUCAUGGAUUACUACAUGUAUCUUCGAAAUGACACCUGGUUCAUCGAAUAUUAUGACGGUCGCAUAGACUUUCAGUAUACUCGUGAGAAACUCGACGCUCUUGCCCGGUUGUCAGGCGAAUAUGGAUCGCUGGUGGACAGUAGUGUAUACUUCUGGGUGAACGUUACUGAUUGGUACUCUGACAUGAAUCGUACAGGAUGGGCAGGUACAAUCUUGGUGGACUCCAAAGUGAAGUUAAAGUGGGUUGGUGAGCCUGUAAGGACUUUCAAACCAAAAUCAGUAUUGAAAGUUCAGAUUGCGGUAAUGAAUGCUGAUGGAACACCAGUACCUGACAAUCAAGCUGGCCUGGUUACCCUUACUGAGUCUAUUUACACCACAGGCAGUGCUGGUGGGGGCGUGUCCAUGCCUCAGAGUAAAAAUCCACUUAAAGGCAUAGCAGAGUUUGAAACCUAUCUUGAUGGCAAUGCACAGACUUUAAUUCUAAGGGCUACAUACAACAACGACCAAACCUCACUGAUAGAGCUGCGUGCCUCACGAUACUUCUCACCUUCCGGCAGCUACAUAACAAUCACUACUUCAACAGAUCAUCCAAAAGUGAAUGAAUAUAUGAUCGUGCACGUGAGAACCAGCCACUUUAUUCCUAGAAUAUUUUAUCAAGUUCUAGCACAAGGAAACAUUGUAAUUGGGGAUGAGCUAGAAAUGACAUCCAAACAGAAGACAUUUGCUGUAGCCUUGUCUCGUGAAAUGGUACCCAUGGCUCGCAUCAUUGUAUACUAUCUGCGUCAACCAGAAGAAAUAGUGUCUGAUGUCUUGAAUUUCUUUGUCAAUGGAACAAGACAAAACCAGGUAACCUUGGGAAUCAACCGUGGAAAAGAUUUCACUCGUGAUACAGUGGAAUUCAAUGCAGAGGCUGAUCCUGGGUCCUAUGUUGCUUUCAGCGGCAUGCUUCUUGAUCUGUACAACAGAGGGUUAAAUGAUGGAAUCACAGAGAACAAGUUGAUUGACGAGCUUGCCACUUACGAUGAACCAGCAAAUGGCACACUUCGUCAUCUCUGGCGAAUCAGUGACACAGAAUAUGAGUACAAAUUCUUUCAUGGCUCGGACUAUGGCGUUGAUGCCAAUACCAGUUUCUUGACUUCUGGCCUUAUUGUUCUGACUGAUGCAGAACUGACACGCCAAAGAAAUGCUGAGGUCUGCAGAAAGGACCUGGAUCAAUAUCCUUGCUUCACAGGGGAUGGUCAGUGCUAUUCAUCAACUCAGCGCUGCAACAAGGUCUUUGACUGUAACGAUGGUGCUGAUGAAUUCGGGUGUAAUAUGGAUAGCAAUGGAAUAAAGCAUAUGUCAGCAAUGGAUCGUGUCAGUAGAGUGAUGCGUUUCUAUGACAACAGCUCUUGGGCCUGGCAAGAAAUAUUUACAAAGCCAGAUGGACGGGUCGAUUUCAGGGUGCCAGUUCCCAAAUAUCCCCUCUCUUGGGUUAUCAAUGGUUUGUCAGUCAGUCGAGACCUUGGCUUAGGCAUUAUGACAAGGCCUGUUCGUUAUGAUGCUGCUCGCUAUAUGUACAUCCAAGUGGAACAUCCAAAGAUCAUAGUUCGUGGUGAGCAAAUAGGAGUUCGUGUUACUGUCUUCAAUUAUUGGUAUGAUGAUGACUAUCUUGAGGUACUUGUGACCAUGCAUGGAAGUGAAGACCAUGAAUUUGUGCUGGUAGAAGAGAGAGGUUGGGUCUUCUCUUACAAACCUAACACACACAAAGGAGAUCAUCAAACCAUUGUCUUUCUGGAGCCUGGUGAAUCAAAGGACAUAUACAUGCCCAUUGUGCCAUCAAAGGAAGUAGUUAAUGGCUACAUUACAUUUCGUGUUAGUGCUACUUGCUUCAUGGAAAGGGACGAGUAUGUUGGAAACAUGACCGUCAUUCCUGAUGGUGUUAUGAACUACCACCAUACACCAUACUUGAUUGACUUGAUUCGAUUCGCCUCCAUACAAGUACCUGACUUUGACAUCCCAGUACCUGAGCAGUUUGUGGUGCCUGAGGUCCGAGAUCAUCUGUACGUACCUGGUUCUCCUGUUGCACGGCCCAGUCUUUUUGGCGAUGUCGUCACACCAGGUUUCUUUCAAGACUAUCUCAAUGCUGAAAACAUUCUGUGGCGUCCAUAUGGUGGCGGAGAGAUGAUCACAUUCAACUUUGCCUACAACAUACUGACACUUAGGUUCAUGAAGGCAUCACAACAACUGAGCGAUGAGCGUCUUCUGCGAACACUAGCAGAAAUGAAUAUUGCACUCCAAAGAGUUCUUGGUUACAUGAACGGUACUGAAGGAAGUUUCCAUAUGUUUAGAGAUGACCCAAAACCGAGUCUGUGGUUGACUGCAUUUGUGGCCAAAACUUUGCACCAGGGCAGAUUUGGUGAGUGGGAACGAGAUUUGUUCAUUCCUUUAGAAUUGAUCAACAAGAUGGUGGUAUACUUGUGUCAAACACAAAACGAGACCACUGGAGCCUGGGAACCAGACAUGUCAUCCACAAGCUAUGACCGCAAGAUGGCUUCUUACCAGGCCAGUCAAACUGAGAUGAUGUUUGACGACCCUAUACCCCUAACAGCAUAUAUUUACAUAGCCCUCAUGACCACAAAGGACGUGUCAGAGGAUGCCCUAAGCUGCAUAGACUCUGCAAGAGCUAAAGCAGCCAGCUACUUGGCAGACCAGAUGGACAACAUACCUUCUGAAGAGAUCUUUCAGAUGGCCAUUACAGCUUAUGCUCUUUCUCUGUCUCAAGAACAGUCCAGUGAAGCUUUCAAUCUUUUGUGGAGAAAUGUUCGCAAUGAAUCGGAAGGUCUGUACUUUGCCAACAAGAAAGUCCCAGAAAAUCCAUCUGAAAUUUUGAACAAUGUGCGCUUCCUACAUCCUCGCCAAGAGCUAAUGAAUGAUGGCUACGCUGUACAGGCCACUGCUUAUGCCCUAAUGGCACUUAUAAAUAACAAUGGACCAAAACUGAAUCGUGAUGCUCUCAUGCGAUGGCUAAACACCAUGAGAAACACAAUAGGUGGUUUUGCUUCUACACAGGACACUUUAAUAGCAAUGGAAGCGUUAUACCAGUUUACACAGGUGGAUCCAAAUCGUAAUGUGUUUGACCUCAAUGUGCAUCUGGAGUCCACCGCCAGCCCAUCUUGGGUGCGAGACUAUUAUCUGACGAAGGAUGAUUACACCAGGCUUUACGUUGACAGUAUCCCUAUUGUGUGGGGCAUGGUGAAAGUGCUGGCUCAGGGGACUGGGCGUGCCCUUAUGCAGGUGACAACCACAUUUAAUGUGGAGUAUCCACACAGGAUCAAACUUCCUCAGAGAGUUAACAUGGAUGAUCCAAACUCAGAAACUGCUGUAUUCUUUGAUCUCAUGAUUCAAAGGCUAGAUUGGCAUGGAAGGAACUUCUCCAUCAUGGAAAUGACACCAUGUGCACGCUGGGUGUUUACUGAUCUUAGCAAGACUUCCGGUCUGUCAGUACUGGAGAUUGAUCUUCCAACUGGUUUCAUUAUCAUGAACGAUACCCUCCGUGACUAUGUCCGAUCUGGAGCUGUGCCAACUUUGAAGAGAGCAGAGUUUUAUGGCCGGAAACUGGUCUUCUACUUCAGUCACUUGGAUGAAAGUUACACUUGUGUUACUUUCCGUGCUCACCGCUGGUUCCCUGUGGCAAAUGCAACAAUACAACAUAGGAUGCGAGUAUAUGAUUACUAUGAACCAGGGAUGCACAAUACCACGAUGUACACCACAUACAAUUUGUUCACUCUCAACAUUUGUUAUGUGUGUGGCUCCUACCAAUGUCCAUACUGCCCUUACUUCAAUGUUGCUACAGCAUUGAAAGCCACCUUCACUCUUCUGUGCCUGGCUUUGGGCAUAAUGUUACAGCGCUACCUUCUUCGGUCAUGAGUUUUCAAGGGAAAAAAUGUGACUGGAUGUUUUGCCAAAUGUGAAAGUGAAUCUCUUGUUGUAUGGUUGGGUUUGCAUUGUGUAAAGACUGCAACAUUAUCUCCCAGGUUCCUUGAAGUAUUUUGAAUGGCUUCAUGCCAUUAAGAUCAUCAGAAAACUUCCAUGGCUAAAUCUAUGUGAGAUAUUUUGAGUAUGAAUGUCAGUAAUUUAGUGCUGUUGUGAAAUCCUCUGUGUGCGUGUGUGUUCACAAGCAUAAGUGUGAGACCAAUGUCAGCUGGAUAAUAAUGAUGACUUAACGGAAUGCAGAUUUGCUUUGUUUGGGUUUCUUCCUUGAAUAGUGCCCAUUUACUAUAGAACUUUGUUUCAUAAUAACUUUUCAUGUUAUUCUUGUCCAAGACAACCAACUUCCUCUCUGAGUUAAAAUUUGUCAAUGUUAAACACAAAAGAACUUAAUCUAAACGAUAUAUUGUGUUUGAAUUUUUGUAACAGCAAACAUAAAGUGCGCAGUAUCUUGCUCAAUUAGGGAAAAUUAACUUUAUAUAACUUUAAUCAGUGUAAUGGUAAAAAGUUCUAAAGGCUUGGAAACAUGAGCUAAGACUACUUUCAGAGAUAUUGGGAUUAUGCCCAAAAAAUUAAUUUAAAAAUAAAUUGUGAAAAGAGAACUGUGAAAGUACCAUUACAAUUUUAAAUGUAUAACCAUCAUGGAACUAGCUACAUUUUUCUCUAUACAUAUACCCAUUUUCCUCCUUAUGAUUUACUAUAUUUUUUAAAAUGUAAAUAUUAUUCUGGAAUGGACAUUUUCCUCAUUCAUGCAUUUGAAACAUUCCACUACACAGAUGGCUUCAUGACUUGUACAUAAUACACUAAAUUGGAAAGAACAAAAAUGAUUGUGCCUUUACUAAGUCUUGUACCUCUCCCUCCUCCAAGCUGAGGAUUGGAGUCUCAAUCAACUUUGCAUAUUUCAGUUUUAAAGUAAAAAGACAAGUUUUGACAAGAUUUUGAACCUCAUGCAGGUAUAACCAUGGUGAUCUGAGGCCACAUAGAUUAUUAAUGUGUAUAUUUUCUAGAAUUUUUUUUUAAAGAGACUCUGCAUUCAUAUCAGUAUGUACAGAUCAUUUGAAUAAAUGUUAUGCAACAUUUUAGAAGUAUCAUAUUUUGGUAAUUCAUUUGCAUGUAUAUAUUUCAUUUUCAAUUGUACCUUUUGAUAUGAAUUAAAAGUAUGCUGAAUUGUG